CACGCGUGGAGUGGCAUUUGUGUAACUAGAUCUUAACAAGUGGAAGAAAAUGCGGGCAUACGACGGGCAGCAAAAAUGCCAACAAUAAUCGCGUACAAUAGAAUAGAUCAAGUUUAGGGGAAGCCAUGGAGUUCUAAGGGGGACCGUGGACUGGGUGUUUGUGUAGUUUAAUCAAAUAAAUAGGAAGGGUAAAAGUUCCCGAUCGUGUUGUUUUGAAGGUUUAGGUCUAUAUCUAACAUUCUAUGACAAUUCUAUGACAAUGGUAUUUUCGGAACAUUUUCAACAAUACAAUUAGUUCAUUUAAUUAGAUGUUGAUGAGGAUAAUUCCCCGCUGUUCAUUAUAAAGCAUUUCUCUGAGAUCAAUGGCACAACCAGACUUUAUGUACGCCAACACUGUGGACUUAGAUGAUACUGAAGCUGUCUCUAACGGUCAUCACAGUCGCCAGAGCUCUUACAGCAGUGGUCACUCACUUGGCAGCAACAAAGAGAACGGAUCCUUAGGCAAACAAGCAUCCAGGGCUGGUAGCGAACUCUCCUCAGACGCCAGUGACAGCCAGUUGAUAUUGAGAGAUGGUGGGGAACUUUUGGGAGAAAGCAGAACGGACCUGACCAGCGGCUUAUUCACAUAUGACAAUAGUGCAAUGCAUUCAGAAACUACAGACCAGUUCUUGCCCUUGCCUCAGAUACCAGGUCGACAACCUUCCAAAGCUAUGGCACCAGCAGGCUCAGCCAAGGCCAAAGCGGCCAAAAGUCCAUUUACAGCAGUUCCAACCAGUACAAUACCUACAGAAGAAAUCACCAUCCCUAAUGACGCCAACAUUUCCAACUUCACAGUUGACCAAGUGGCCAAUUUCUUGAGGUGCUUUAAAGUGGACGAGAGGAUUGUCUCCCAUUUGCACAACAAAGCUGUGGACGGGAAACGCUUUGCUAGAUUCAAGGACUCCGAGUUGGAAAGUCUAGGGAUGAAGAAUGCCGCCAUUGUGUUCUUCAGAGAUAAGAGUAACAUCAGUAAACACCAGAAGAAAAAGGGCCAGUUCAUGUUAUGACAGUCUAAUGUCCUUAUUCACGCAUUAUUCUGUUCCGAGGCUAUCCGAGGUGGGAUUUUUUUUAAAUUUAAGAUAAAAAUCAAAAUAUUAAAAUUAUUAAUUAAUUUUUCAAUUGUAUUUGAUAAUAAUUUACCAGGAGGUAGCUAAUUUAUAUCAUGAAUAAUACGGUACAGUACAUUGUGUUAUGACUUUUAGAAUAGAAAGUAAGUCCAUUUACUUGUAGAUGUAUAUUUUAAGAUAGAGGCAUGAAGUUUAAUCAUGGUCUGAGGAAGCCUCAUGGGUACUUACUCCAUUAUUCAGUGGGUUAUAUAGUCUGAAGAUUUCGAUCCAAGAGUCUAUAUUAUUGUUAAAGAUGGCUUAUUUAUGAAAGUUAUUUUGACUUUAUUGAAGCGUUUGAUUCGUGUGAGAGCACACUCACAUAAUUUGUGUCUAUAAUAUUUCAACUGAAAUCUAGAUCUAAUAAUUAAAGGGACGUUGGAAUAUCAGCCACAUGAUUUCAUGAUUUCCUGCUAAGUCAUAAAAAAAAAAAGAAAAUAUAUGAGUGUGAGGAAUUUAUAGCUUCUGUUUCAUGUACGGAUCGAACAUAUUGGAACUGUGUUGUAUUUAUAUUUUAAAUUCUGAAGAUGACAAGUUUUCUUGUGCGGAAAGAACGAAGUCACAUAAUCCUAAGAGGCCAUUUUGUUUUCAUAUUGAUGUAGAAAGCAUAUUCAAAUGUGCGAAUAUCAAUUGUUUAUUUUUCACCUCGACAACUCAAAGCUUAGUUUCUACAACAGAGAGCAAUGUAUUAAUACUUUACCAAGAAGGUUUCUAAUCAUCUGUGAAUCUGUUGGAUUUGCGCUUAUCAAACGUGUUUUUCUUUAAUACAUUUUGAUACUAAUUUAUUCAUAUUUUGUUUGAUUCAUUUACAUGUAUUUGUGAUAUACGAGUAUAAUACAUUUUAUUCACCUAUAAUAAAAAAAAAAUACCAUGCUCAGUAUACGCUAACUUUUAGCCUAUGUAAUUUUACUGUUUCAGCAAGCACACAUGUGUAUAAAUCGUUGCACGUUGAAAUGUAGCAACUCUCUUCUUCGGCAUUGGUACACAAUUACAUCUUUGGUCAUGUCUUGUUGAAACAUAGUGCAUAAUAUCACUGGCUCGGGGAGUUGACAAGGUGGGGGGGGGGGGGUACAUAACACAUAACUUGUCACAUCCACUUAAUAAUUGAAAGAUAUUGAUUAAUUUAAGUGAUCAAAAAAUCAAUGUAAUCUGUUUACCAAAUGACGAAUGCAUUCUUAUUCAGAUAGUUUUAAAGUACUAGUUUUAAGCUCUAUUGAGCCAGUUUACUAAGGUAAUAAUAUCUCUAUUAUUUUAUUUUGACAACUUUUAUAAUACAUCCUAUUAUUUGAAUGAUUAUAUGUAUACAUUGAACACAGAAGUGUGUAUGUUUCACGACAUAUAUUGUGAUUAUUUUAACACCUCCUUGUAAACCAAGAGAUGUAUUUACAUAAUGUUUUUUUUUUGUUUGUUGUUGAUGUAUACAACAUUGAUUGGACAUGUUUAAGUGUUUGGAAACUGAUUUUUUUUUCUAAUAUUUGAACAAAAUUUUGUUUGUCUUUUUAAUGUACAUUUUGGUGAGCACAUUAUUUUGUAUACUUGUUUUAUCCAUUGACAUUAAUCAAAAUAGUAUUGAUGUAUUGAACAGAGUGUGUCAAGAAAAUCAAUAAGUCAGUGUCGUAUUACCUUUUAUUUACCUGAACCUACAAGCUAAAGUCAUGAUUUUUGUUUUGUUUUGUCUUUAUGGAAAGGCCUGCAUUUUGUAUUCACCGUUGUGUGUGUGUGUGUGGGGGGGGGGGGGUUCGUAACAAGUCAGUGCUAGCGACUUCUAGACUUCUGCCUUGGUUCUUAGACUUUCAGACUUAAUGAAAUGCAGAGGCGUAGCUGGGGUGGGGACAAGGAGGGGGAGAAUUCGAAAAUCCCCCCAGGCCCCAUCUUGAGGGGGCCCCCAAAUGAGUGUUUUUUUACAUUAAAUAUUAAAUAAAUAUUACGCAAAAUGCAAGGGCCCCCAAAGAGGUCAAGCCCCCCGGGCCCCCAGAGGAUGGCUAAUCCCUAGCCACGCAACUGAUGAAAUGUUUGGAUACAAAAUUAUAUCUUGUUUUUCCUAAUCUGAAUUAUUCUUUUUUUUUUCACAAAUUUUGGUUGAGUUGGAGGUAAAGCUGACUGGGCCGGGGGGGGGGGGGGGGGGGGGGCAGAUACGUGUGUAGAUUCUAAAUGUGUCAUACACGCUUAAAUACUGGAACAUAGGCCAACUUUAGCACAUUGCCGUACAUCAUUACUUAUAUUAAUUACACAGUAAUGUAAUGUUCAGAUUGUUACAGGUUAACUUUACGUAUGAGUUAUGACGGUCAAAUUUUUGUUGUUGUUACUUCCAUAUCCUUAUGAAUUGUAUGCUCUGGUAUGAAACUCAAAUAGUGUAAUUAAAUGAAACUGUUCUAUGUUU